ACAAAAUGAUUCUUUUUUUCCUACUUUUUAAAUGAACAUUCAUGUCGCGCAACUAUGGGGAAGACUUCGUUUCCCAUGAAGCACCGUGGAGGUGUCAGUCCAAAGUUUACACGCCAGGUGUAACGAUGGCCAUGGCGUUCAACGAGGAGACACAGCCGCAUUAGAAAACGCCAGAUCUCCAGAAAUUGCUGUAAGCGGCCGAGGGUGCGAGAUGCAACGCGUGCUGACUCCUGUGGCCGUGCCCUUGCGCUCUGCGCGCCUGGACCUGAACACGAUGGAGCUGCCGGUCAGCGGACUGGCGCUGCCGUUGAAUCACUUUACCGUGCGCCGCCUCGGCUUCUCUGCCGUCGUCAGGGCUAAAGAGGGUCGCACGACACCCCCUGCGGGUGAAACACUGCUGAAGCCUUCGCAGGGUCUGGUGGGGAGCGAGCGGGCGCGAGUGACUGCUACGCAGGCGGGGCCUACGGACCAGACCCACAUACACCCGGACCCCCUGCAGGACAGAUCCAUUGGCCUCUACCAGAGGUUUAAGAGGACAUUUAAACAGUAUGGCAAAGUGAUGGUGCCUGUACAUCUCGUCACCUCCUCUGUGUGGUUUGGAUCAUUUUAUUAUGCUGCAAUGAAAGGGGUGAACGUGGUCCCAUUUCUGGAGUAUGUUGGGUUACCUGAAAGGCUGCUGAGCAUUUUGCGAGACUCGCAGAGCGGAUAUGCACUGACAGCCUACGCCAUGUACAAGCUUGCUACCCCACUGAGGUACACCAUGACCCUGGGAGGAACGUCGCUCUCGGUGCAGUACCUCCGUAGGCAUGGCUACUUCUCCACCCCGCCUCCGGUCAAAGAGUAUCUGCAAGACAAAAUGGAGGAGACCAAAGAGAGGCUCUCUGAAAAGAUGGAGGAGACAAAAGAGAGAUUUUCAGAGAAAAUGGAAGAAACCAAAGAGCUCAUCUCAGGACGAAUGGAAGAGACGAAGGAGCGCUUCACUGAAAAAAUGGAAGAGACGAAAGAAAAGUUUGCCGAGAAACUGCACGAGACGAAAGACAAGGUGUCUUUCCAGAAGAAAGCGGAUUAGCUGGGGUGUGCUUCCAGUGGGCACUGAGUGCAUGGUGAUAAUGAAAUUCACAGAGAUGCAAAUUACUACGGAGGCUAACGAUGAUCUUUCACACAGGAUAAAUGUCAUGAUUUAUGAUGAAAAUCAAUCUUCACUUCCAAUCUAAUAGUACAUUUUAUUUUACUGUUAACAUGAGGUCCUGAAGUGUCAUUCAGUUCUUUUGAAAAAGACCCUGGAUACAUACAGAAUCCAUACAGGUAAGACAUAAAGGAUUCUGUAUGUAUCCUGGGUCUUUCAAAAGAACUGAAUGACAAUUUCAACUUAUCCUUGCCACCUGUUUAAAAGCAGUUUACAUCUUGCCCCAUUACAACACAAGCAUGUUAUAUGUAUACAGUAGUGAAAAGAAUGGUAAUCACUAUAUUAGUACCACUGCGUGUAGAGGGUCUGCCUCUACAACUGCAUGAAGCCGUCACUGUGUCUGAUGUUUAGGUCCAGUUCCUUAUUUUGAAUGUGGUGUUGUGGUAAUUUUUUUAUACGGCCAAUGUGUGUAAUAAUAUACAGUGCUUUUCAAGGA